CCCCGGCAGCGGGAUAACAUUAUCACACGCCCGAGAGCCAUGAAGAUCCCGGGGACGUUUCUGAUGCUGACCAUAUACUUACUAUCCUUCACACCUACCAUCAAAAGCCAUCCGCCCCGGCCCCCCGUCAGGGAGAAAUUACUGGAAAAAAUAGAAAAAGGACUGAAAGAAGAGCUGGGACUCGCUCCGUAUUAUUAUGAUUACAUCAUCGAUCCAUGCAGCUCCCAUCCAUGCUGGAACGGGGGGAGGUGCGAAUCGACAGCCCCCGGAUACGAGUGUCACUGCGCCGAAUUCUUCACCGGGGAACAUUGCGAGAAAUCGAUGAAGUCAUGUAGCAAAGACCUGUGUAACCGCGGUGAGUGCGUUCUACGGAAGACUGCUCCUUACUUCAAGUGUAAAUGCGACUAUCCCUACCAUGGACCAACAUGUAAUCUAGAGGCCGACGUUUGUUCUGUAAAUCACAAUCCUUGUAAAAACGGCGGUCUGUGUAUUAUCCGUGACAACAAUGCCUUCAAAUGCGUCUGUCCUCUGCUCUAUAGCGGGCAAUUCUGUGAAAUAGGUCCGAAUGACUGUUACAGGAACAACGGACUUCAGUACCGAGGUCACGUGACUCGCACAGCAGGGGGCUUUAAAUGCCUCCCAUGGGACUCCUAUCACCUGACCAAGGAGCUCGUCAACGCGUUUGUCAGCGGGAUUUACCUCUACGGGAUUGGCGAGCAUAACUUCUGCAGGAAUCCAGAUGGUGCCGAAAAGCCGUGGUGUUACUUUGAAAACGCCGGCGGAGAAGUGAGCUGGGACUCGUGUGACGUCCCUGUCUGUGCGCAGAUUCUCCGUUCUCUCGAGCCGGUGAAUAACCCGGUAAUUGCCGCGCCGCAGAUCGUUCCCGCAGCCGCCUCUCCCUCCAACGUCUCAUUUUCUUCCUGUGGAGUCAAAGAUCUUCCGUUAAGCGCUCAGGGAAGGAUAGUCGGCGGGAAGAGGAGCCACGCGGGGAAACAUCCUUGGCUGGCCUCGUUACAGCUGAGGGUCUCGAUCCCCCCGUAUCCCUCAGGACACAUUUGCGGUGGGACUUUGAUUGGAGAAUGCUGGAUACUGACGGCCGCUCAUUGUGUUAAACCUCUGCCGCAGCCGCAGAUCUGGAAGGUUUUUCUGGGUAAAGCGGAUCUGGAAAAAAAUGAAACCCAUCAGCAAUCCUUCGAUGUGAAGAGAAUCAUCGUUCAUGAAUUUUACCGCGAGGGGUUAAAGAGUUUGCACUACGAUGUUGCCCUCAUGGAGCUGAAAAGGGUCAACAAGACGUGUGCCAAGGAGACACGGUUUGUGAAGACGGCGUGCCUACCGCAGCGUGAAUUCCCGGCUGGAAAAGCGUGUGUGAUCGCCGGCUGGGGGAGGACAGAGACGGGAUAUACGUCACGGCUGCUCGAUGCCACAGUCCAGUUAAUAUCAGAAGAAACGUGUUCAGACCCCAAAUAUUAUGGAAAACUCGUGGAUAGCAGCAUGCUGUGUGCCGGGGUCCCGGAAGGAGGAACCGACUCCUGUCAGGGAGACUCCGGAGGUCCUCUGAUCUGUGAAAGGAAUGGAGUGUCCUUGGUAGCCGGCGUGGUCAGCUGGGGAGAGUCGUGUGGCCUUAAAUAUAAGCCGGGUGUGUAUGCCGACGUGUACAAACUCACCCCGUGGAUCGAGAAACAUAUCGGCGGCAAAAUUGUCUAAAUAUCAUUGUCACGUCCGCUGGAAAGUUUGGGGUCACUCAGCUGUUUUUAUAGAAAACGAGGAAAUUUCUGGCUGUAAAAUAAUCACAAAAAA